AUGAAUGACUUCGUGCAUGAUGAUAUCGAAUUGAAACGCCGGGCGUGGGCUCUGCACUUCUCCGAAAGGCGAACCAACAGCAAAUUUAAGUUCGCCAAAAGGGGGAAUAAAAAACACGUGACGACGUGGGUCAAGCAAAAAGACCAAACGGGUUUAUUCGAAAGAUGGGUGAAGAAGACACAGCUAAAUGAGAAGUACAAACCGGAGGAUGACCAGCUCGAACAGCACAGCAAUAAGGCAAAAUUGGAGAGCCAUUCUUUAUUACACACGCAAAGAAAUUUUUCGCGGAGAGGACCCAAAUAUCACCCCCCAAAGGAACUGGACGAGAAGGAGCACCAGGAUAAAUUUACACAGCAUUCUUGA